GAUUACAAAUAUUGAUUUGAUGUUUGAUUUGAUUAAAAAAAUUGCUCUUCAUGCAAGAAUCACAAAUAUUGAUAGUAGAAACAUUAUUUUUGGAAACCAAAGGCUGAGGUGUAUUGGUAAUAACAUCAUUGCUCUGGUGAACCGAAAGCUGAGUAUUUUAAGAAUUGUUAUUUUGAGAAUUGCUAUUAUUUUGAGAAUUGAUAUUUUGAGAAUUGGUAUUUUGAGAAUUGGAAUUUUGAAAAUUGGUAUUUUGAGAAUUGGUAUAUUGAGAAUUGGUAUUUUGAGAAUUGGUAUUUUGAGAAUGG